AUGCCUGGGGACACAGGGACAUCCAGGGGCACGGGGACAUCAAGGACAUCGGGAUGGCCGGGGGCAUGGGGACGGCAGGGACAUCUGGGGGCGCAGGGACAGCCAGGGGCACAGGGACAUCCAGGGGUGUGGGGACAUCUGGGCCCGCCAGGGGAAUGGGGACAGCAGGGACAUGCAGGAGCAUGGGGGCACCCAGGGGAAUGGGGACGGCAGGGACGCCCAGGGACAUUGGGGACACCUGGGGACAUCAGGGACGUCUAG